AAAAUUGUUGGGUAAUGGAAUUUCAUUUUUGAUCUUACUCAAGCCCAGCUCUUUUGAUCAGCCUUCCAACCCCAUCUCCGCCACCUUUUUUUUUUCCUCUCCGCCACCUCCCGCCACAAUGUUCAAUUCCUCCCCAAGUACAGUUACCUGGGGGAGCAGCAAGAUAUCUUAAUUGAAUAACUCUGAUUUUCAAUUCAGACUCUCCUCCUCUUCCUCUCACGGGGUCCAUCUUUUGUUGGAUAGUGACUACAUUUUAUGUUGAUUUUGAUCGGGUUAUACCAUAGUGCUAUUUCAUAUGGAGAAAGUAUUCAAGAAUAAAAUCAGUGAAUUGUUUCAAUGUGUUUCUAGUUUGUCAAGAAAAUGCGUCUUCUCUGUUCUUUCUAUUGGACCUCUUCCUGAUCACAUUGCAUUUAUUAUGGAUGGGAAUCGAAGAUAUGCUAAGAGAUGCAACUUGUUAGAAGGGGCUGGCCAUAAAUUAGGUUAUGCAGCUCUAAUGAAUAUGCUUAAAUACUGCUAUGAGUUAAAUAUUAAAUUUGUGACUAUAUAUGCCUUUAGCAUUGAUAACUUUAGGCGACGACCAGAAGAAGUUCAGUCUACUAUGAUACUGAUACAAGAAAAGAUUGAAGAUUUGAUCAAAGAAGAGAGCUUGGUAAAUCAAUAUGGAGUUAGGAUUUAUUUUCUGGGAAAUCUAAAACUUGUGAGCAAAUCAGUCAGGUUGGCAGCAGAGAGAGCCAUGGCAGCUACUGCUGGGAAUUCAAAAGCAGUGCUAUCAAUUUGUCUUGCCUAUACUUCUACAGAUGAGAUAGUGCAUGCAGUUCAAGAUUGUUGUGAUGAGAAAAAAGAAGAAAUAAGAUCUUUGGAGUCAAGUGGGACUGAAAAUGGUUUAAGCGCAGUGAGAGGGAACGGGAAGGACAAAAGAAAGGAUAUCAUUGUUGUUCAUGAUGUCGAGAAACACAUGCAUGCUGCAGUUGCACCUGAUCCUGAUAUUAUAAUACGUACUUCGGGUGAGACCCGUUUAAGCAAUUUUCUUUUGUGGCAAAGUGCUUGGUGCCUUCUCUAUGCACCCUCAAUAUUAUGGCCACAGAUUGGUUUUCGGCAUUUAGUUUGGGCUGUUGUGGAGUUCCAAAGAAAUUUCUGUUAUUUGAAGCAGAAAAUGAAGCUAUCUUAAUACCAAAUGGAUAUUUUCUUGCCACUUUGUAACUCAUGAUGCGGACUUUGGUCUGAAGCUGCUUAGGUUAUACUAUGAGACAGACUCUACGAAGGUCGGGACUGGUUUUUUCUAGUGUCCUUGUCCUCAAAGUACUGUUGAUCUUUUUCAGCUAUAGAGGAACAUGGUGUAUAAUUUCACUGGUGACAUGUUUCUCCAUCUCUGAUCAUUGCUACACACUGUUGCAUCUAUAUAUACUGAUAGUGGUAAGUUACCUGUGGCACUUCAUGGAUGAAAGCAGUUUUGUUACUGUUAGGCAUAUAUUGAGAAAGUUGUGAUGGAAGCCUACUAAUACAUUUCCUCCUUGUCCAUUUAUUAUGUGUUUUCAUCAUGGAUUUUUGUCUUAUUAUGUUUCAACUCAUAAUGAUGGCUCUUAUUAGGAUAGAAUCAAACAAUUGACAUUGGUACCCUCAGUUUUAAGAUAUUCUUACUGUGGAAUGCAUGGGUGAAGACUGUUAGUUACCAGAUUAGCUGCUGCUUUUGUUUCUGCCCCUAAUCUUCUAAAUAUAAGACUUACAUUUGCUGAAUUGCAUUCUUUUUCAGUUUUUAUGAUAAGCUUUUUCAGUUUCAGCUGCAUCUGCCAUAUCGUUGUUUCUUAGAGAUCAACUGUGUUGAAGUUGUUUUUGUAAUUCUUCAUGCUUGUACACCAGCUAUCUCUGGAAAGAAAUUGCCGCGUUCUUCUUUUAACACAUCGAGUUAGAUGAAAUGGGUAUCCUUUCAUUUAGUUUUUAUGUAAGUUUGUCUUGUGUAAAGACAUAUUAGCAGAUCAACCUUCAUCCCUUUCAGUCUGGUCUUUAGAUGCUAACCUCUGACACUCCAGCACCAUCAAGAGAUUCUACUUCUCAUGAUAUGCGGAUGUCACUUCUGAAUUUAAGAUCUGCAGUUGAAACAUAACUGGGGAUACACACUCCUUAUUUUGGUCCCUCUUCCGGCCCCAAUAAUACUCUUAAUUUGGAUUUCAUCACCCUUGCUUGAAACAAGCAUGCUUAGAGAACAAUAAAGAGAAACAAUUACCUGCAAGCAGACUACCUCGCUGAAGGUGUGAGUUCAGCUUAGGCACUGUGUGGUCAAGCUUUUAUGUUUUCUGCAGUUUAGGCUGAAGUCAGGAAGAUAGAGUUUUUUUAAGGUUAAAGUGGUUACAGAGUUGUUGUUAGGAGAGCAGGCACUGCAACCAGAUGUGUAUCCAGUAUAGAACUGCCUGCUCAUAGCUUCUCAGUAGAAAUUUACUCAGCCUCUGAUGCGGUCAUGAGUAAAUUCGAAGCAUUCUUUGACCCAAUAUCAUAGCAAUUUGCUUUUGUAGGAGUAAACAAAAUAAUGCAUGCCUCCAUUGAGAAGUUUGCAAACUCUUUACCCUUCUCCCAGCUUCUGGCUAUCCUGAAACAUGACACUGGAUCAGUAGUUAAGCACCUGCAAACCAGGACCGGUUGUGGAUGGCCGUGGAACACCAGUUCUACCAGUUCUCAGCAGAGGAGAUUCACAAGGGCAAAUGCUAAGGGGAAGAUUACUGUAGUCCAGUGGACGGUUUGCUGUGUGAGCAGUACAACUGCAUAUUGAAAGAUCUGAUUAACAAAUAAAUCCAGGAGCUGCUGCUGUAACGUACAUCUUAUCUCUGUCCAUCUUUUAAUUCCGAUGCAUUUCAAAUUUCAAUCUAGCUUAUGUUAAAGUUGCAUAUGAGUCGGAUGGUGUGGAUUGGCAAUGAUUCUUGGUUUAAGUGUUUUGGGUUAUUGUUCAGUUGUCCAUGUACUUUUUACUGGUUGAUGAACUACUUUGCUAUCUACGUACAUGCAUAAUGGAAAUAUGGGAUAGUUUAUGGUCUUUCGGCAACUUUGGUUUUGGAGUUGUACGUCAGGAAGUGAAUUUUAUGAAACAGUUGAUGUUGGUGCGAUUGAGACCCUCUGUUUUAUUUGAUACUCUAACUGUGGAAUGUAAGACCAAAAUCUCUGAAGCUGUUAACUUACCAGAUUAGCUGCUGCUUUUCUUUCUGCCCCUAAUCUUCCAAAUAUAAGAAUUACAUUUUCUGAAUUGCAUUCUUUUUCAGUUUUUAUGAUAAGCUUCUUCAUUUUCAGCUGUGUGUCUGGCUGUCUGCCAUAUCCUUGUUUGUUAGAGAUCAACUGUGUUGAAGUUGUUUUUGUAAUUCUUCAUGCUUGUACACCAGCUAUCUCUGGUAAGAAAUUGCCGAGUUCUUCUAUUAACACAUUGAGUUAGAUGAGAUGGGUAUCCUUUUCAUUUAGUUCUUAUGGUAAGUGUGUCUUGUGUAAGACAUGUUAGCAGAUCAACUGACUACUUCAGCCCUUUCAGUAUGAUAUUUAGAUGCUAAAUUCUGACACUCCAGAAUCUUCAAGAGAUGCUACUUCUCAUGAUAUGCGGAUGUUACUUCUCAAUUUAAGGUCUGCAUUUGAAACAUAACUGGGGACACACCUUGUUUUGGUCUCUUUUCCAUUUGGAUGCUAUUCUAAUAUCAAUGUGUACUUCAGGUCCCAAUAAUACACUUAAUUUGGAUUUCAUCACCCUUGGUUGAAAUAAGCAUGCUUAGAGAACAAUAAAGAGAAACGAUUACCUGCAAGCAGACUAUCUCACUGAAGGUGAUUCGGUGAGUUGUGCUUAGGCGCUAUGUGGUCAAGCUUUUUUCAGCAGUUUAGGGUGAAAUCAGGAUGAUGGAGUUUCUUUAAGCUUAAAAUGGUUAUAGAGUUGUUGCUAGGAGAGCAGGCACUGGGCAGCCACAUGUGUAUUCAGUACAGAACUGCUUGCUCGUAGCUUCUCAGCAGGAAUUCACUCUGCCUUCUGAUACGGCCAUGAAUAAAUUGGAAGCAUUCUUUGACCCAAGGUCAUAGCAAUUUGCUUUUGUAGGAGGAAAAAGAAAAAUAAUGCAAGCCUCCAUUGCAAAGUUUGCAAACUCUUUUGUCCUUCUCCCGGCGCCUGGCUGUCCUGAAACAUGACAUUGGAUCUGUAGUUAAGCACCGGCAAACCAGGACCGGAGAGAAUAGCCAUGGAACACCAGUUCUCUGCAGAGGAGAUUCACAAGGGCAAAUGCUAAGGGGAAAGAUUAUUGUAGUCCAGUGGACAGUUGGCUGUGUGAGCAGUACAACUGCAUAUUGAAAGAUCUGAUUAACAGAUAAAUCCAGGAGCUGCUGAUUGUAACACACAUCCUAAAAAAUUAUAAAGUAAAUCCUUGUAAAAGCUGUAAGGAUUCUCUUAUCUCUGUCCAUCUUUUACUUUCCUAUGCAUUUCAAAUUUUCAAUCUAGCUUAUGUUGAAGUUGCAUAUGAGUCGGAAGGUGUGGCUUGCCGGUGAUUCUUGGUUUAAUUAUUUCGGGUUAAUGUUCAGUUGUCCAUGUACCUUUUACUGGUUGAUGGACUAUUUACUACGAACACGCAUAAUGGGAAAUUGGGA